CCCCCCUCUGCUUCAGGAAACACUUUACGAGAGACGCACUUCAGCAUGUCGGUGGCUCUGCGCGCACAGCUGUUCCUCUUUCUGAUCUCCCUUUCAUCAAGGAUGGGGCUCAGUCGCUACAUUGAGGACAACGAGGCUUCAGAUGGAUUAUAUUCUCUGUUCAGUUUGGACCAGAAAAGAGAAUCAGAAGAUUUUAUGUUCCGCCGACCUCUCAGAUGCUUGGAUAUGCUGGCCACUGACGGCUACUUCACCUUCUUGGCGUCUCGGCCGCAGCUGGCCUGUGCUGCUUUCAUCAUCGCUGAGCCCAAUGAGGUCAUCAGUCUGGAGCUGUCUGACGUCAACAUCGACUGCAGCGCCGGUGAUUUCAUCAAGAUGUUUGACGGCUGGGUUCUGAAGGGAGAGAAGUUCCCCAGCAGUCAGGACCACCAGCUCCCUCUGCACCAGCGCUACACAGACUACUGCUCCUCUCUAGCACCAGGGGCCACCAGCCGCUCCUCUCAGAAUGUCGCCAUGAUCUUCUUCCGCAUUCACAGCCCCGACAGUGGCUUCACCCUCACUGUCAAAAAGCUGCACAACCCUUUCCCCUGUAACAUCAUGUCUCAGAGUCCAGAGGGCAGCUUCACCAUGGUGAUGCCACAUCAGCGCAGGAACUGCAGCUUCUCCAUCAUCUAUCCUGUGGAGCUCCGACUGACAGAACUCAGCUUGGGACAGGCCAAAAGCAAUGAGCUCAGCCCACAGAAGCAGGUGUGGUCGGGCUGUUCAGGGUCUGGUGACUAUGUGGAGCUGCUAGGAGGGAAUGGGGUGGACACCUCUAAGAUGUUCCCUGUGGCUGACCUCUGUUUCUCCCUCAGUGGGCUCGCCCAGAUGAAGAUUGGUUGUGAUAAUUCAGUUGUGAGACUGGUGUCCAGUGGGAACUAUAUCAACCGUGUUUCCUUCCAGUACCGACUACUGGAACACAACGAGCUCCCCAAGACCCGAGAGAACAGUCUGGAUAACUUCUGCACUGUGGAAUGAGACCACACACUCACACACACACACACCCAAACACACACAGGCUCACAUGUGUACAUGUACACACAAUCAUACAUCUACUCAUUUCUCUGUAAAUAUACCAAUUUAAUGAAAAUGUCCUAUUUGCUAAUGCUGUCAAGUAUUUUGUAUUGUUUUUGCCAGAUAUUUUAUUUAGUGUCCUAGUUAUAUUAGCUUUGAUCAUAGCAUAUUUAUUUGAAGAACUGUUUUUAUUAAUUUCAAAUUUAUGGAUUAUGAUGAAUUUAAUUGUUUUCUCUUCAGCCAUUUGUCAUGAAAAUCUGUGAUGCAUUAUAUUUCUUGGCAAGAGCAUUCAUUUCAAACCCUCCCACUUUUGUUCUUACUUGAUAUCAGUUUCAGUAUUCUUUGGGAGGUUUUACAUCUGUGUUGUCUCCUCUGUUUAUAUUACCUUGACAAUUUAAAAAUAAAUAUGACUUGCAUGAUAAA